GUCGUUUCAAAUUCUCACUCCACACCCGACACUUUCUGACCAAGACCGUGCGACGUCGCCGAGGAGGGAAUCGAGUGAACCCAGAAAAUCAAAAUGAAGUGGUCGACGACGGCGCCGGCAAGUCCUUGGCCUGCCCGGCUACGCAGUUACCUUCGUGACAGUGGCCUGGGAAUAUCUUCCAUGGCCUACGUAGGCGUUGACUACCUUCGCAUCUUGUCGCCGAAUUGGCACGCAAGACUUCAACCGGUUCUCUGGACGGUUCUCGCAUUAGCAGCUGUUUCUCGUAUCCCUUACUACAAGCACUGGCCUGCUGAACUUCGAUCCGCACUUCCUUUUGUUGCCUCCAUGUUGUUUCUGCUUUCCACUCUCCUCUUCGAAGCUCUCUCCGUUCGUUUCGUUACUGCCGUUCUCGGCCUCAAUUGGCACCGCAACACUUCGCCUCUUCCAGAUACUGGACAAUGGUUACUGCUUGCAUUAAAUGAGAAGCUUCCUCAAACUGUUGUGGAGAUCUUACGUGCACGAAUUAUUGGAUUGCACCACUUCCUGAUGCUAUUUGUGAUGCUGGCAUUUUCUGUAUUAUUUGACUCUGUAAAAGCUCCUGGUCUUGGGUUAGGGGCACGAUACAUGUUCACUAUGGCUAUUGGUCGCUUACUUCGUGCCAUAAGCUUUCUCUCCACAAUACUUCCGUCAGCCAGGCCUUGGUGUGCAUCGGCCCGGUUUAAAAUUCCUGCUCAUCCUCAUCGAUGGGCUCAGAAAUAUUAUGUUCCUUAUGCUUCAGAUUCCAAUGCUAUCAAACAGCUUAUUAAUCUUGAUAUGGCCUAUGAUACAGUUAGGGAAUACACGGAUGAUAAACGGCCUGAUUGGGGAUCCAUGAGUUUUUUAAUCAACUUCCUGCGCCCCACAGUUUAUGAUGGAUCAUGGUACUCCCUCCUUAAAAAAGCCGGAGGCGGCUGCAAUGAUCUCUUGUAUAGUGGUCAUGUGCUUGUUGCAGUACUCACUGCAAUGGCUUGGACGGAAGCCUAUGGUGGUUUUAGCUCGGCUGCAUUAUGGCUAUUGGUAAUGCACAGUAUACAGAGAGAAAUCCGGGAGCGCCAUCAUUACAGUGUUGAUUGUGUGGUGGCCCUUUACGUGGGGAUCCUCCUUUGGAAGAUGACUAGUUUCAUCUAUUGGCCAGUUAAAAACACUGCAAAAGAAGCGAGGCUGGACAAGCUUGACAAGAUUCAAGGACGGCUACUACAGGCUGCAAAAGAUUAUGACAUUGAUGAGGUAAGGGAGCUACUGAAGGAGGUCGAGUUGGGGAGUGGUAAUGAGAGUCAGACUGGUAUAGGCAAGAAGAGUAAGGGGAUGUGGCUUUUCUCUGUUGGAACCAUUUUCUUUGCCUUGGUAAUAGUCCUUCUUGCAUUUACGCUGACUAGUGACGGAUGAUCCCAGUGCCCUUAGGUUUUCUCAGAAUUGCAUUUACGAUGACUAGUGACGGAUGAUCCCACGUGUAUUCUAUCUGCUUGUGUUGUAUGGUGAUCUGGCUUAACGACUUGCUAAUUCUAGUGCGGAAAUUGAGAUGAUCUACUUUUACAUUGUAACAUUUUCUAAAAUACUACCUACAUUGUGUUCUAAUAUUGUGUUGUAGAGAAUGAUAACAGCUAACAUAUUUUAGGAUUCUAUGUCUUUAUUACAUCC